AGGGAUACAUAAGAGACGUAAUGGAAAAAUCUUAGUCACUUCAAUCUACUCAGCCCCCCCUGGAUCUCCUGCAAACUCAAAGCACCGGAGCACUACACGCACAAGGACAAAACAAGUGAAAGUAAAUUGUCACUGAGGCUAACAUAGAAGAUUGUUCCAUUGAAGAAAGAAAGGGUUUGGAACAACAUAAGGGAGUAAUGGAGAGGAUCACCAUGUAGAGAGCAGCCGAUUGGAAGCAGGUAGAAUGGGAAACCACGUAUGGAGUACCGGCGGUCUGCAGCCGUGGUGAGCGCAGACAUCCUCAGGACCUUUAGCUGGGAUCUCGCAUAUGGCUUUCACAUCCUGACUCGUGUAAAGCUGAGGAGCCUCUUUUGAAUUACAGCCAGCGGACUGGAUUGGUCUUGCCUUCAUCCUCUUUGCUUACUUUCACUACUCCAGCAUUGCUACAUUUUUUUGAGAUACCUGCUCUCCAGCCACUCCCGGGACUCCUAUGCCCAUGUGGCGUUUUCUCCACUUAUCCAAUUAAAAUAUUUAUCAGCUUUAAAGUAAAGCUACCAAGCAAUACUCAGCCAUAAUGGGGGACAUGACAAAUAGCGAUUUUUACACCAAGAACCAAAGAAAUGACAGCAACCAUGAGGGUGGAUUUGGCUGCUCGCUCUUGGAGCUGCGCUCACUCAUGGAGCUCAGAGGAAUGGAGGCAGUGGUCAAAAUUCAGGACGACUAUGGAGGAACUGAGGGACUGUGCCAGAGGCUUAAAACCUCGCCAACAGAGGGGUUGGAAGGAGUUGUGACUGACCUAGAUAAGAGAAAAGAAGUAUUCGGGGAAAAUCUUAUACCUCCAAAGAAGCCAAAAACUUUUUUACAGUUAGUAUGGGAAGCAUUACAAGAUGUGACCCUCAUCAUCCUCGAAAUCGCAGCCAUAAUCUCACUGGGACUCUCCUUUUAUCAACCACCUGGAGGAGGCAGCGAAUCCUGUGGGACAGCUAACGCGGGUGAGGAGGACGAGGGGGAAGCUGAGGCCGGGUGGAUCGAGGGAGCUGCUAUCUUACUCUCUGUGGUGUGUGUCGUCCUUGUCACGGCCUUCAAUGAUUGGAGCAAGGAGAAGCAGUUCAGGGGUUUACAGAGCCGCAUCGAACAGGAACAGAAAUUCCAGGUGGUGCGCGGAGGACAGGUUAUCCAACUUCCUGUGUCAGAUAUUGUCGUUGGUGACAUUGCACAAAUCAAGUAUGGUGACCUGCUUCCAGCUGAUGGAGUCUUGAUACAAGGCAAUGAUCUGAAGAUUGAUGAGAGUUCGCUGACGGGAGAAUCAGACCAUGUGCGCAAAUCUGCAGAAAAAGACCCGAUGCUUCUCUCUGGCACCCAUGUGAUGGAGGGUUCGGGUCGGAUGGUGGUCAUGGCUGUAGGUGUGAACUCCCAGACCGGGAUCAUCUUCACCCUGCUCGGUGCUGGGGGAGAGGAGGAGGAGAAGAAAGAGAAGAAAGACUGCUCCCAUCCCUCCUCACACCCCAUCGCAACUAUAGCUACCGAUGGUGCGGCAAGUGCAAAUGCCUCUGGUAAUACCAGCCUAGUCAAUGGUAAAAUGCAGGAUGGCAAUAUGGAGAACAGCCAGACCAAAGUGAAAAAGCAGGAUGGUGCCGCAGCAAUGGAGAUGCAGCCCUUGAAGAGCGCAGAGGGUGGAGAAGUUGAAGAAAAAGAGAAAAAGAAAUCCAGUGUCUCAAAGAAAGAAAAAUCAGUUUUGCAAGGAAAAUUAACCAAGCUAGCUGUGCAGAUUGGCAAAGCAGGUUUGGUGAUGUCUGCCAUUACAGUAAUCAUCCUGGUGCUCUACUUUGCCAUUGAUAACUUUGUGCUUCAGAAGAGGCAGUGGCUACCAGAGUGCACUCCAAUCUACAUUCAGUAUUUCGUCAAAUUCUUUAUUAUUGGUGUGACAGUCCUGGUGGUAGCUGUUCCUGAAGGCCUUCCGCUCGCUGUUACCAUCUCUCUGGCCUACUCUGUCAAGAAAAUGAUGAAGGAUAACAACUUGGUGCGCCAUCUGGAUGCCUGUGAGACCAUGGGCAAUGCCACAGCUAUCUGUUCAGACAAGACUGGCACAUUAACCACCAAUCGAAUGACAGCAGUUCAAUGCUAUGUGGCAGAUGUCCAUUACAAGGCAAUACCAGACCCCAGCUCAAUUCCACCCAAAACUCUGGAUACAUUGGUCAAUGCUAUUUCCCUCAACAGCGCCUAUACUACUAAAAUACUGCCUCCAGAUAAGGAAGGGGGUCUUCCCAAGCAAGUGGGCAACAAAACCGAGUGUGGCCUAUUGGGACUGGUCCUUGAUCUGAAACGAGACUACCAGACUGUUCGAAAUCAGAUCCCAGAAGAGAAACUCUACAAGGUGUACACGUUUAACUCCAUUAGGAAGUCAAUGAGCACCAUCAUCAAACUUCCAGAUGGCAGUUUCAAAAUGUACAGCAAAGGAGCCUCUGAGAUUAUUCUUAAAAAGUGUUCACGUAUUUUAAAUGAGGUGAGCGAACCUCGCGUUUUCAGACCGAGGGACAGGGAUGAGAUGGUGAAGAAAGUAAUCGAACCCAUGGCCUGCAACGGACUCAGAACUAUCUGCGUGGCUUACCGUGACUUCCCUGCCAACCCAGAGCCCAACUGGGAUGACGAAAACAACAUUUUAACUGACCUGACAGCAAUAUGUGUGGUUGGAAUUGAAGAUCCUGUAAGACCUGAGGUGCCCGACGCCAUUAGGAAGUGCCAGCGUGCUGGCAUCACUGUACGUAUGGUGACUGGAGACAACAUCAACACUGCAAGAGCGAUCGCUAUCAAGUGCGGCAUCAUUCAACCUGGAGAGGACUUUCUGUGCAUCGAUGGCAAAGAGUUCAACAGGAGGAUAAGAAAUGAGAAGGGAGAGGUUGAGCAGGAACGCAUUGAUAAAGUGUGGCCCAAACUGCGAGUACUGGCCAGAUCUUCACCGACAGACAAACACACACUGGUCAAAGGUAUUAUCGAUAGCACUCUGGUGGAACAGCGGCAAGUGGUUGCUGUAACCGGUGAUGGAACCAAUGACGGACCGGCCCUCAAGAAAGCAGAUGUCGGUUUUGCCAUGGGAAUUGCAGGGACAGAUGUGGCUAAAGAGGCUUCUGACAUCAUCCUGACAGAUGAUAACUUCUCCAGCAUCGUGAAGGCCGUCAUGUGGGGACGUAACGUCUACGACAGCAUCUCAAAGUUCCUGCAGUUUCAGCUGACGGUUAAUGUUGUGGCUGUGAUUGUCGCUUUCACUGGAGCCUGUAUUACACAGGAUUCUCCACUUAAAGCAGUGCAGAUGUUGUGGGUCAACCUGAUCAUGGACACGUUUGCAUCUCUGGCUUUGGCUACUGAACCGCCCACUGAAUCUCUGUUGAUGAGGAAACCCUACGGCCGAAAUAAACCCCUGAUCUCAAGUACCAUGACCAAGAACAUCCUGGGCCAUGGCGUCUACCAGCUCACCAUCAUCUUCACUUUGCUGUUUGUGGGUGAGCAGAUAUUUGACAUUGACAGUGGCAGAAAUGCUCCACUGCAUUCUCCUCCUUCUGAGCACUACACUAUCAUCUUCAACACCUUUGUCAUGAUGCAGCUCUUCAAUGAGAUCAACGCCCGCAAGAUCCAUGGAGAGAGAAAUGUGUUUGAUGGCAUCUUCAGAAACCCCAUCUUCUGUUCCAUAGUUCUUGGAACUUUUGCCAUUCAAAUUGUGAUUGUUCAGUUUGGAGGGAAACCAUUCAGUUGUUCUCCUCUGGACCUAGAGAAGUGGAUGUGGUGUGUGUUCCUGGGGCUUGGUGAACUGGUCUGGGGACAGGUUAUAUCAACAAUCCCAAACAGCAAGCUGAGGUUCCUUAAAGGAGCUGGUCAGCUGACGCACAAAGAUGAAAUGCCCGAGGAGGAGCAGAACGAAGACCAGGAGGAGAUUGAUCAUGGUGAAAGGGAGUUACGACGAGGACAGAUCCUCUGGUUUAGAGGCUUGAACAGAAUCCAGACUCAGAUACGUGUUGUGAACGCAUUUCGUAGCUCGCUCUAUGAAGGCUUGGAAAAACCAGAAUCAAGAACCUCUAUCCAUAAUUUCAUGACUCAUCCGGAGUUUAGAAUAGAGGACUCUACACCCCACAUUCCACUUAUAGAUGACACUGAUAUUGAUGACGAAGCCGCCAGGAAGAACUCACCCCUCAGUCAACCAUCGUCACCCAACAAGAACAACAACGCCAUUGAUAGCGGAAUUAACCUUACGACUGACACAAGUAAAUCUGCUGUAUCAUCCACUCCCGGGAGCCCGCUUCAUAGUCUUGAGACAUCACUUUAGCCACCUUAUGAGGGUGACUAUUCAAUAGUUAUCUUAGAAUAUCUGUUAAAAGCGCUAAGAAGAGUGCACGCAAAUACAGAUUGUGUACAGUUGACUGAAUGUGGUCAGCCCCACGUUUUUUUAUUUUGUGCUGAAGAAAGAAGAAAUAUUAAAGACUGACUUAGGAAUGAUUGUGGAGUGACUCGAGGAACUAUAAAACGAACCACGAGAGUAAAAACAAGCCACUCCCACUUCCUGAGGAAACUAUGGACCGUAAUGAAAUAAUGAGUAAUUUAAAUCAAAUACAGCUAUUAUUGUCACUUCUGCAUGAAUGUACAUUACCCAGGAUUUUAUUUUGAAACUGUUUAUUUUAAUUGUUUGAUUUGAUUUAGUGGGACAUGUGGUGGACUGGCAUUUUAAGACAGCUUAUCUGAUUCACUAUGAGUAUUGUGUUUGGCAUGUAUUUAAUUGUAUAGAUUUAUUUGAUUAUUGAUUAAAGUGAAUCCAGGUUGCAGGGCUCAACUUGCACAGUAGAUCUGCACCUGCUGGAAAAGAGAAACCCAUGGAAAUUAGAAUUUAUUAAGCACACACACACACACACACACACACACACACACACACACACACACACACACACACACACACACACAUAUACAGAGUUUAUCAUUAUUUGUUGGCAUGUUGCCUUGUUCUGCUUCAAUGACUAACUACUUUAAAUUAUUUAUGUCCUAAAGAGAAUGUAAUUUGUUUACAAAACCUGUAGAUAUGUCCUGGUUUCUUUGUAGGGUUUAAAGCUUCUUUGUAGGGUUCAAUACCACACAGCAGACAUAGUUGGAACAGCUCAAGUUAUCCUGUAAUAUCGGACUGUAGGUGUUUUAUUACAAAUUGUGUGCUGGACUUGCCUGCUGUUUUGUCAAAUAAUGUAGAUAUUUUAGAGGAUAACAAAAUAAACCAAAAAUAUA